GGAGAGAGACUGGCAGGGGCAGCAGGAGCAAGAAGUGGGGCGGGAGGAUCCCAGCUCCCAGCCCUGCCCGGAUCCAUCGCUGCAGCGUCCCUGGGCAGACUGACCCUCCUGGGAUCAAGGGAGCGUGCGAAAGGGAAAUGAGUGUGAAAUGGACUCAAGCCGCUGCUGAAACUUCCCCAUUUGCGCUUCUCACCUGACAGGCUGCAGAAGAACGUCCGUGUUUCACUCCAGGUUGUCCGGUCCUCCUUGAGGGCAGGAAAAGGGAAUGGCUGCAGCAAAAGCAGUGACCUUCGAGGAGGUGGCUGUGUAUUUCACCACGGAGGAGUGGGCUCUGCUGGACCCCGCUCAGAGAGCCCUCUACAGGGACGUCAUGCAGGAGAAUUAUGAGAAUGUGACCUGGCUGGCAGGUGAUGGGACAGCCAGUGAGACCGAGGAGGAGAAUCCCCAGCAGGGAGGCCCUGAGUCGGCAGAACCACACGGGGCAUUCUCGGGAAGGUCCCAGGGGAACGUUUGCCAGGGAGGAGCUAGCGAGAUUCAGGGCAGGUCGGAGGAGCAGCGGGGAAACCUGCCCGGGGAGAGAGAGGGUAAAUCCUCUCCUGAAGAGGGAUGUUUCAAGAAACUCAAAUUGCUGCUGGACCUUAAGGGGAAGCACAACAGAGGGACGGGAAAUGCAGGCGCUGAACGUGGGCAGGGCUCACGAGAGAUGCUCUGUCCGGGAACCCCCCCAGAAGACACAUCCCACAGAUGUGGGGGAAGCCCCCGGCAGAGCUCGGCGCCUCCACAACAUCCGAGUGGGACCCCCCAUCGAUGUCUCCACUGUGGGAAAAGCUUCCGCUGGAGAUCACAUCUUCUGAGACAUCAGACGGUGCACAAGGAUGGGAAAAGCUCCAACCCCAGCGCAGCCCGCACCAUCCAGCAGAGAAUCCUCUCGGGGCAGAAACCCUGCCAGUGCCCCGACUGUGGGAGAAGCUUUGAUCGGAGGUCGACCCUCAUUGCACAUCAGAGGCUCCAUACGGGAGAGAGACCCUACAAAUGCCCCGAUUGCGGGAAAGGCUUCGCUGACAGCUCCAACCUUACGAGGCAUCGCAGACUCCACUCAGGCGAGUGCCCCUAUAAAUGCCUCGCUUGCGGGAAAGCCUUCCGUGUCAGGUCCAAGCUCCUGGAGCACCAGGCCACGCAUUUCCCAGGGGAGCCUUUUGCAUGCCCCAAGUGUAGGAAAUGUUUCCCCAGCAAGGCCCUCCUCCUCCGGCACCAGAGAUCCCACAUGGCGGAGUGGCCCUACAAGUGCCCCGACUGUGGGAAAGGCUUCGUGCAGCGGUCGCAUCUGGUGCGGCACCAGGGGAUCCACACUGGGGUCAAGCCCUGCGUCUGUGCUGACUGCGGGAAGAGCUUCGUCAAGACCUGGAACCUGACCAAACACCAGCGCUGCCACUCGGGGCAGAGACUCCGUCAAAGUGCUGAGGGUAGGGAAAGUGUCCGUCUGCGCUCAUACCUGCCUCACGAGGAGGGACCCGAUGGUAUGGCCCUGCCGGAGCGUCACACAGCAGAGAGACCCUACCGCUGCCUCGACUGCGGCAGGACGUUUAGCCGGAGCACGGACCUGCUGGCCCACCGGAGCACCCACACGGGUGAGCAAUCCUACAAGUGCCUGGACUGCGGGAAGGGCUUCAGCAUACGCUUCAACCUGAUGGUGCACCGGAGAGUCCACACAGGCGAGCGACCCUAUGCAUGCCCCGACUGCGGGAAGGGCUUCAGCGUACGCUUCAACCUGAUGGUGCACCGGAGAGUCCACACGGGCGAGCGACCUUAUCCAUGCCCCGACUGCGGGAAGGGCUUCAGCCAGAGCUCCAGCCUCACGGCUCACCGGAGAGUACACACGGGCGAGCGACCCUACCUGUGUCCCGACUGUGGGAAGGGCUUCAGCCGGAGCUCCCACCUCAAAUUGCACCAGAGAGUCCACACGGGUGAGCGACCCUACCUGUGUCCCGACUGCGGGAAGGGCUUCAGAACCAAAACGGCCCUGAGCACUCACCACCGGAGCCACACGGGCGAGAGACCCUACAAAUGCACCGAGUGCGGGAAGAGCUUCAGCCAGAAGGCGCAUCUGGUGCAGCAUGAGAGGACCCACCUGCGAGGCAGACCCUACAAAUACGCCGAGUGUGGGAAAAGCUUCAGCCAGAACGCCCACCUGGCCAAGAACAGCCGGACCCACUGCACGGAACGGCCCUGCAUCUGCACAUACUGCGGGAAGGACUUCGACGACACUGUAACCCUGAUCCAACACCAGCGCACCCACACGGGGGAGCGGCCCUACCAGUGCACCGAGUGUGGGAAAGGCUUCAGAUGGCGGGCGCACCUGGUGCAGCACCAGAGGACACACUCCGGGGAAAAGCCCUAUGUCUGUGCCGACUGUGGGAGAAGAUUCACGGAGAGCUCCACCUUGAUCAAGCACCGGCGGAUCCACACCGGGGAGAGACCCUACAAAUGCAAGGAGUGUGGGAAAAGCUUCCGCCAGCACUCCAACCUGGCCCAGCAUGCCUGGGUCCACUCAGGAGGGAAACCCGGCCAAGACCACGGGGGCAGCUGCACGGACCUCACGGCCCUGCCGGAGCGCCGCGUGGCGGAGAGACCCUACCGCUGCCUCGACUGCGGCAGGACGUUCAGCCGGAGCACAGACCUGCUGGCCCACCGGAGUAACCACACAGGUGAGCAGCCCUACAAGUGCCUGGACUGCGGGAAGGGCUUCAGCGUACGUUUCAACCUGAUGGUGCACCGGAGAGUCCACACGGGCGAGCGACCCUACGCGUGCCCCGACUGCGGGAAGGGCUUCAGCCAGAGCUCCAGCCUCACGGCUCACCGGAGAGUCCACACGGGCGAGCGACCCUACCCGUGUCCCGACUGCGGGAAGGGCUUCAGCCGGAGCUCCCACCUCAAAUCACACCAGAGAGUCCACACAGGCGAGCGACCCUACCCGUGUCCCGACUGCGGGAAGGGCUUCAGCCGGAAGUCCAAUCUCACCGCUCACCAGAGAGUCCACACUGGGCCAGCUGAUUAAGGGCUGGGCAAUACUUUUGGCUGUUACCCUUGGAUACAGGCGACGACCUAUGAAAUCCCGGACAAACCUUACUGAAUUUCUGUUUAACACCUCUGGGGUUUAUGCAAAUGGAGUUACAAAUGCAAAUGUUUCUGUGCUACAGUGGGAUUGUUUGGAACUCCAUUAUCAAGAAGACAGGAUUAAUACAACUGCUGGGACAUAUGCUGCACUUGGAAGGAACUUUUUGCAAUGGGUGUAAAGCAGAUUUUCAGGAAAUCCCUGCGGGUGAGGGAAGUGCAUGCCACCCUUUGGAAGGUAAGCCCUGGGGAGAGAAACCAGUUGUCUGCUAAUUACCCGCACCUGGAAACUCCAGCUGAGCAACCCCUGGACUGUAUAAAGGGUGAACUAAAUGUGGCAGAAGCGGGCUUGUUGUGAGCCGAAGCUAUGAUGAACUUGAAGCCCCUGAGACCUCUUGGGUGGGGCUCUGAAGGACUUCUCCUACCAGAGCCCAUAUGGGAGUGGGGGUCAAAUCUGUGGAGCUUAUUCACAUGCGUGCAGGGCUCUGUGAUUGGUUUGACUGUUUCCUCUGCAGUGGAAUAAAAUAGGCUUACACAGGAA